GAGAGAGAGAGAGAGAGAGAGAGAUUUGGAACACGCCCCAUACUUGGUUUACAGGGAUGAACGUCAUGGGUUUCCAGUGUCAUCUUAGUUUGCAGAAAAUAUCCAUCUAGUUUUAUUAGUGAGUCUGAAAACAAGGCUGUAGAAACACGGCACCAUGUCUGAAGACAAGGUUUCUGAAAACAACACGCAGGAAUUAAAUGACGGUGGGAAGAGAAACGGAGCCCAUAAAGGCCUGGAGGGUGAUGCGAACCUGCAGUUCCUGACCAAAGGAGGCGACUUGACCAAGGUGAAAUCUGGCAAAUGGAAAAAGAAGCGCUUCUACAAGCUGAUGGAGGACGGACAGACGGUGUGGAAAGAGACGCACAAGGGCUUCAAGAAAAAACACACCUUCUCCGUCGACGACAUCGAUUCAGUGCGUCUCGGCCGUCAGUCCGAAGGCUUGAAGAAGUACACGGACAGCACGUUGGACGAUCGGUGCUUCUCCAUCAUCUUCAAAGGCAAACGCAGCAAUCUCGACCUGAUCGCCAGCAGCAAAGAAGACGCCAAGAAAUGGGUGACAGGGUUGGAUAAGGUCAUCACCAACAUGCAAAACCUCAAUUCUCAGCAGAAAAGCGAACACUGGAUCAUCAGCUGCAUGCGGAAAGCGGACAAAAACGGCGACAACAUGAUGACCCUGAAGGAAGUAAAGAGCUUCAUGCGCCAGAUCAACGUCGAAGUGGACGACACUUACGCUGCCAAUCUGUUUAAGCAAUGUGACACAUCGAAUUCAGGAACUCUGGAGGGGGAGGAAAUCAAGCACUUCUAUGAACUGCUAACGAAGCGCCAGGAAAUCGACGUCAUCUACAACAAGUUCGCUAGAUCCGGUGGUCAGAUGAGUGCCAACGAUUUGCUACAUUUCCUGCAGCUGGAGCAGAGGGAGGCUGUGACUCUGGACGACUCCGUCAAGCUUAUAGACAAAUACGAGCCGGAUCCUACAGCAAAGCAGAAUAAGCACAUGACCAAAGAUGGCUUCCUGAAGUACCUGACCCAUUUGGAAGGUUUGAUCCUUAACCCCACCCACAUCGGUGUGUAUCAGGACAUGAGGCAGCCUCUUAAUCAUUACUUCAUCUCCUCCUCCCAUAACACCUACCUGAUGCUGGACCAGCUCAAAGGACCGAGCAGUACCGAGGCCUACGUCAAAGCUCUGUUAAAAAGCUGCCGCUGUGUGGAGCUGGACUGCUGGGACGGACAGAAUGGCGAGCCCGUCAUCUACCACGGACACACGCUCACGUCCAAGGUGCUCUUCAAGGACGUCAUCCAGGCGAUCAAGGAUUACGCUUUUAAAGCGUCUAAGUAUCCAGUAAUCCUGUCUUUGGAGAAUCAUUGUUCAGUGGAACAGCAGAAACGCAUGGCUCAUCACAUGACCUCCAUCCUGGGCAGCGCUCUUCUCACUCGGCCGUUGGGGACAGAGAUUCCCUCCCGCUUGCCGUCGCCUGAGGAAUUAAUGGGGAAAAUCCUGGUCAAAGGUAAACGCCUCAACAAGCUGGACGCGGCAUUUAACAACAACACCGAUGACGUAGACAGUGUGUCUGAGGAAGACGAAGCUGCUGAUGCCAAACAAGAUUCACAGGAGAACAAAGCUAAGAAAAAAAAGAUCAAGCUGGCUAAAGAACUAUCCGACCUGGUGAUCUACUGCAAGAGUGUCCACUUCAACAGCUUCGAGCAUUCGCGUAAUAACCAGGCCUGUUAUGAGAUGGCCUCCUUUAAGGAAAGCAAAGCCAAGCAUCUGGCAGAAGAAUCAGCUACUGAAUUCAUUCACCAUAACAUGGACAAGCUGAGCAGGAUUUAUCCUGCAGGCACGCGCACAGACUCGUCCAACUACAAUCCUGUGACCAUGUGGAACGCAGGCUGCCAAAUCGUGGCCCUGAACUUCCAAACAUACUGCAAAGAGAUGGAUUUCAACCAAGGACGAUUCUUACCUAAUGGGAAGUGCGGCUACAUCCUGAAGCCUUAUUUCAUGAGGAACCCGGACUUUCAGUUUAACCCCAACAAGCUCACACAAGGACAGUGGCUGAACAAGAAGAUCCUACAUGUUAUGGUUAUCUCAGCACAGCAGCUUCCCAAACUGAACAAGGAUAAACCCAAGUCCAUAGUGGACCCGUACGUCAGGGUGGAAAUCGCCGGUGUGCCAGCAGACCGAGCCAGCGCACAGACAUCAUACAUCAACGACAACGGCUUCAAUCCAAUGUGGAAUACAAACCUUCAGUUCACCAUUCAGGUGCCGGAUUUGGCCAUUGUGAGAUUCUUGGUGGAGGAUUAUGAUGCUGCAUCACAAAACGACUUCAUUGGCCAGUACACACUACCUUUUACCAGCAUGCAGAAUGGAUACCGCCAUGUACCCCUGCUAACGAAAAAUGGAGACGUUAUCCCUUCAGCAAAACUGUUCGUCCACAUCAUGGUCCUGGACCCCUAAAGCACACGACGGUGCAAGCGAUAAAUUGCAGAGACGCUGGGUUAAAGGAGAUGUACGGAUCCGAGCAACGAUCCUCAAAGAAACUCUCAGAAUAUAACUCUAUCGAAUGUGGAGGAAAUAGUCAUUGUGUGUAAACCUUUCAUUUAAAAAGAGACUUUAUCUUUUACCUCCUUAAAAAAUGGCACUUUCUAAUAAUGAUAUUUUCUAUUAACUACAAAUGUAAAAAAAAAAAUUGUGUGUGUUUUAGGAAUCAGGUUUGAAUGCAACUUUUUAAAGUGAACCCACAGCCCAACGCUGUCUAUUAAUAUCUCUACUUUUUUAUUUUAAAUAAAUCCAGCAUGUGGGAACACAAACAAUUUCCACUACAUUAAGCUAUUCAUUUAUUUGAAAUAAAUGAAAAUAAAGGGGAAAAAGAAUAAAAAAAAUAAAUGAAUCAAAAAGGAAUUUUAAAAAGGACUGACAUGGGAUCUGUUUUGCUUCUUUUAUUUUUUUUCUUUAAAUUAUUUUAAAAUAAUAAUUCUUUAUAUAAGUACGCCUAUGUGCCAUGUUCGGGGUCUUUAGUUGAUGUGUAACAUCUAAGAAUUUUACGAUCAUGUCAGUCUUGUAAUCACUACUACCGUUUUUUUCUGCUCGGUGAGGUGACGAUUUGUUCGACUCCAGACGCUAAACCAGUCAUUGUUUAUUGUUACUGUAACAGGACCAAAUAUGUCGUAUUCUCUAGUCACUACUUGUACACAAACAUCUGAAUAAACCUUUGAAAGGCUUCUACUGUA